CUCAGAUCCAUCGUCAUCUUCUCAAUCUUGUUGAGGGAAGAAGAUACAUCUAGUACAGAUCCUAGAUAUGACGUGUCAAUUGUAAGCAGAAACGGUGGUUCAUAAUUCUUUGUUUUCAUGUUCGAUUCUAUUUUCUCCCUCAGGUUUGUCUUUGAUGCUUGGAUUGGAAAACUAAUCCAUGGCCGAUUAGGAGACAAUGGGGUUCUUUUUUUUCUCUUCUUUUGCUUUAGAGAUUUGAUUGUUGGCCAAAUUGAUGGAUCCAGUUUUUUUUAUUUGUUUCUUCUUCCCUCAACAAGACUAAGUGAGACGAUGAAUCUACAAUUAUUUUAUUUGGGCAUAUAUUUCCUAACAUUAUAAGUAUGUAUGGUUUUAAGAUCUUUGUAAAAAAAUCUCUUAGCUUACUCGGUUGAGUUUUGUGAUGAUAACUCAGAGUUCUCAGGUUCGAUUUCAUAAUUUGCAAAAAAAUUAAAAUCAACGACAACGUUUUAAAAACAACCCUAACUGACGACUUAACCCCAGAAUACACAUUCGUCUUGGCUAAAUACGGAAUAGACCUUUUUCUCGUCUAUGCGCCUUGUGAACGCCGCCAAAAAAAAGAAAAGUGGGUAUUUCUGUCGAACAGUUGGUGUGCAUAACCAACCACUAAAACUCUCGAUGAGAAGCAUCAUACCCAUAAACCCUGCGAAAAAGAUAGAAGCUGAUUCAAAUCCCGUCAAAGAAUCAGAUAGUUACUAUGAAGGCGAACGUCUUACGCAUCUGCUCGGCUUGAUUCAGAGAGGAAUUGAGACUUCGAAGCUUUCGGAUGUGAACUCAUUGCCUGAGAAGAUAUGGCUCAAGAAACAAAUCGCCAUUGGGAUCAACGAAGUCACUCGUGUUCUCGAGAGGAUGGAAUCCAACAACACUAGUGACCAACAACAAAACCCGAAACAACCUCCUGUUCAACUUCAGGUAGUGAUUGUAGUAGCAGACUGUAAACCGAGGAUGCUAACGAAGCAUAUACCCAACUUAGCUGCUUCGAGGGGUGUUCCUGUUCUCUAUAUUAGAGACAACAAACGAGCCUCUCUCAGAUUAGGUGAGUUGGUUAAACUCAAGACUACUCUAGCCAUUGGUGUUAAGGCCAGAGGAAACGAACUCAACCUAAUACUCCAACAGAUUCUUCCCAGUGAUUCUUUGAGCCUGUAAGAGAAAAGAGUUUCUUUU